AUGGAGGCACGUCUAGAUGCCAUUGCUAGCAUAAUCACCAAGAAACUAGAUCCAAAUAGUGCGACGUACAUGGGCGCCAACUCGGAGGAUGAAGGUGAUGAAAGUGAAGCAAGAACAACCAACAACCCCUACCAAUAUGAUCGUGGCUUGAAACUAGAUGACUAUACUGGAGAAGGCAAUCCAGAAGUUAGAGUGGAUUCGCCAACUAAAAAAGGAUUGCACGCAGAAAGGGCCAAGAAAGGCAAAACCAAGAUGUGUAGUUGGGAGAAAUUGAAAGGGAAACUCAAAGACAAGUUCUUGCCUGAUGAUUAUGAACAAAAGCAGUUCAUAAAACUCACAUCAAUAAGCCAAAACAAUCUAAGUGUACACGAAUACACCAUGGAGUUUGAGAAGCUAGGGCUUAUAUGUGAUAUAGAAGAGAAAGAGAUGCACAAAACAGCAAGGUACAUUAAAGGCCUGAAUAGGAACAUAGCCAAGAGAGUCGAAGUUUCUACUUAUCACUCCUUUGCGGAUGUGACUAAGUUGGCUAAGAAAUUUGAAGACCAUGACAAGGAAGAGAGGCCUAAGGGAACAUACAUACCUAGGUAUGACUCUAAUGCAAAAGGAAAGGCUACUACUCCCUACACAAAGUGGACAGAAGGUUCAAAACCUAACAAUACACCUAAAGAGGACACUUCUAUGGAGAAAACUAAAGUGGCCGUGCCUAAGGAGAAGUUUGAGGAGUUGAGGAAGUGCUUCAAGUGUCAAGGAAGGAAACACAUAGCAAGCAACUGUCCUACCAAGAAAUCUCUCACCAUGAGGCAAUACUUAGCCUUACAAGAAGAAGAAAGUAGGUAUGAGUUCAUCCCUGAAGAGGAGCAAAACAUGGGAGAAGAUGAUGAAGAAGAGGAUGCUUUUGCAGAGGAUGAUACAAGGCUUAUAGGGGUGGUUCGACGCACCUUACAUGUGGAUCAUACACCUAAUAUGGCCCAAAGGGAGAAUCUUUUCCACACCAGAUGCAAGGUGGGUGAGUAUACAUGCAAUGUGAUAAUAGAUAGUGGUUCUUGCACUAAUAUUAUUACAUCUGAAGUGGUAUCUAAACUCAACCUAACCACAAGAGCACACCCUAAACCUUACGAAUUGAGUUGGUUGGAUGAUAGCACUGGCAUGAGGGUGAAGAAGCAAGCCGUUAUUUCAUUCUCCAUAGGAGGCUAUAAAGAUGAACUAUGGGAUGUAUUCCCUGAGGAGUUACCACAAGGGCUUCCACCUUUGAGAGGGAUAGAACAUGCUAUUGACCUUGUUCCUGGCGCACCAUUACCUAACAAACCUGCUUAUAGAUGUGAUCCAGUGGCUUCUAGGGAGUUGCAAUGCCAAAUUGAAGACCUCAUUGAGAACAAGUAUGUGAGAGAAAGCAUGAGUCCAUGUGCUGUGCCAGCAUUGCUAGUCCCUAAGAAGGAUGGUACAUGGAGGAUGUGUAUAGAUAGCAGGGCAGUCAACAACAUCACAGUCAAGUAUAGGUUUCCUAUGCCUAGAUUGGAGGAUAUGUUGGAUGAAUUACAUGGUGCCUCAAUCUUUUCUAAGAUUGAUCUUCUAAGUGGCUAUCACCAAAUGAGAAUUAGGGAAGGAGAUGAGUGGAAAACAACAUUCAAGAUAAAGCAAGGGUUGUAUGAGUGGAUGGGCAUGCCCUUUGGCUUGUGUAAUGCGCCUAGUUCCUUUAUGAGAUUGAUGAAUGGGCAAGAGUGUGGAGGAGCACUUGCAACAAACCUCUACGGCCUCUUCAUGAAAUUAAGAGAACAAAAACUCUAUGGUAAGUUGGAGAAGUGUGAAUUUCUCGUACAUAAGGUGGCGUUUUUGGAAUACAUUGUGUCACAAGAAGGAGUUCUUGUUGAUCCUGAGAAGUAA